AGGCGACGUCUUCGAGCUGAGAAGGCAGGUCUAGGGAUCCAUGCCACGGACAUUCAAGAAGGGAAGGUCGUUCAACGGAGUAAUAGUCUCCAACGUCGGAUCGAGGCCUGGGUCAAAGUCCAGGAGCUAUACAUGCCGAUGAUCGCAGCCUUACGACUGAAAAACAAGUCCAGUGGUGUUGUCAUCACUCCCGAGUCAUUUGAUCUUCUCCUUCCUUCGCAAGUUGGCAGAACGGAUCCUUGCGACCUCAAAUUUCAGAAAAUUGAAUGGAGACUUCGAUUCGCACAAGCUCACGACACACUACGCUCGCUACGUUCUAAUCUACGUGCGCAAACCGCUAUCCUGAAAUAUAAGGAUCGUAAUCUCCGCGGUCAAGGCUCAAACACCCGAGCUCGUAACACGCUCAAAGGCGUUGACGCAAGAAUCGAGGCAGCAUCAACCCGAUACCAGGAUGAGCGCAGAGCGCUGGUGAUUCUUGCUCCCAUCGUCGAGGAGACGGGAUGGCAAGCCUCCCUACGUCCACUCGAUCGUCAAGAUAUUCGAGGGAUGUCGGAUGUCCUGUGGGGCGAGACUGAGGGAAGAAGAAAGCUUUCAUGGAUAUGGAAUAUGCGCGGUGCUCAUGGAGACGAGCUGGAUGAUGAUGGAUCUAUGGAAGAUAUGCGAAUAGAAUGGUGCAAGGCCAGGGCGCGCGCUAUGCGGUGGAAGGAGGAGCUCGAGCUGUUACGAGAGGAGAUGCGGAGAACUCUGCAGUUCUUUGACUGGCAGGCGAUGUCGUGGGAUGAGCGCGCAGAUCAGAACUGGUCUGGUAGUCCCGCCGAGAGAGAGGGCCGGAUUGCAUAUGCUCGACGUCAAGCAGCCUUGCGUCGGGCACUGCGGGACACGUGUCAUUCCAGUUGGGCAGACACUCGCUCGUUCGUGGACCAGUUCCAUGGGGAAUCCUAG